CCUGCCUGACUGAAAGCCUCUCGACUCGCGGUUCCAAAACCGAACUCUUUAUCAGCAGCAUCAGCCAGAGACAGAGAGAGCGCUGAGCGGAGAGAGACGGUGUGAAAAUCAAUUCCAAAAUGGACGAUUACACGAGGGAGAUGAUGGACCUCAAGACUCUCGUCACUCGAACUCUAGAGAAGAAAGGCGUGCUCGCUAAGAUCCGGGCUGAACUUAGGGCAAGUGUUUUCGAGGCAAUUGAAGAGGAAGACCGUGUUGUUGAAAAGGAGGAAGCGUUACCUCCUGCCUUGUUGGGUAGCUGCAAUGAUCGUGCAAAACAACUACAUGCUUCUCCCUCAGGGAGGCUGCUUACUGCGUUAAUAUGUGAAUACAUGGACUGGGCUCAGCUAAAUCAUACAUUAAAAGUCUAUCAGCCCGAGUGUAACUUGCCAAAAGAUUUUUGGAAAGCUGAGUUGAAGGAAUUCAGCAGCAAGAAUGGAUACGAUCUUAACAGAAAUGGAGACAGUGGUCCGCUUCUUUUGGAUGUUUUGGAAGGGUUUUUGAAAUUUGAGAAUUUAACUCAGACAAGGGGUACAGGAAGGUCUGAGUCUGUUUCUAAUUUAGAGUCGCGGAAUAGUCGAAGACCAUUGUCAUCAGCUGUUGCUGGUGGAUUACCUCCAUUAGGAAGGCCGGUUUCUUCUUCCCAGGCAUCUGAUCGAAGAGCAGGAUCCUCCAUGUCUGGUUACAGGAAAGAUGAGUACAAUUGGAGAUAUGAUAGUGAUGAGCUCCCGGAGGAUGUGAUUCGAGCUUCAGCUGCCCUGGAAAACCUACAGCUGGACAGGAAAGCUCGGAAUCUAACUUCAUCAUGGCGGCGUGCCGGGGAUGGAGAUGACGAGGAUGAUGGCAGGGAUGAUCAUCGUCAUAUCUAGCUAAAUGACAAUCUCUGUACUGACAGAAUGUAGUUUAGAGUGUGUAUGUUCAAUCUGUCAAUGUUUGUUGGAUGAGGGCAGCUAUGUUUUAUGUAACUUUUCCCCCCUAAUGCCUAUCAUGAAAGUUUUAUUUGCUAGUAUUUGAGUGGAUGUAGACAAUUGAAUUGUUUUUUAUUCGAGAGUGAAAGAUCAAAUUAAGUAGGUAAUUGCCCAUAAGGGAAAUUUCGUCA